UAUGUCCAUUUCUAAAUAACGCGAUGAAAGCUAGUCUUGAUUGGAUAAUGAAAAUUGUUAUUGAUCCAAUCGAAUAGCUCUUUAUCAUUGUGCAUUAUAACUAGAAAUGUUGUGACAAUAUUUGGUAAGGGGAUGGCAGCCUGGAGGAUCCAUGCGUAUAAUUUUCCCCAUUAGCAUACGUUCAGUGCCGUCAAACUUUAUUGUACAAAAGAACGCUGAGAUUGGUUAUCAUCUUGGGAAAAAGUUUUAAAGUUAAAACUUGUGAGUUAGUUUCGCAAGUUGCCAUCAUGGAAUUAACAUCUUUCACCAAGACUCUGCUGAUUACAAUAUUUGUUUUCCAUAAAGGUUGUGGCUAUUGGACCGACUGGUGGAUGUACUCCGGUUUUUCAGGUCCAUCUCAUUGGAGUUUGAAUAAAGACUGGAGACUUUGUAGCGAGGGAAAAUUACAGUCUCCCAUAAAUAUCUCGGCGGAGAGUCUCCUCUUCGAUCCGGGGCUUAAACAUAUCGUUGUGAAGGGCAAUAAGGUUUCAGGAAAAUUGACGAAUUUAGGAAAUGACGUCACGUUUUUCAUCCGCGGUACUCAUUCUGUCACCAUAUCAUUGGGACCUUUGCCCUACGUGUACAAGCUGUCUCAGAUAAAGUUUCACUUCGGAAGGAAAGAGGGGAUGGGAACAGAACAUACCAUAGAUGGGAAACGAUUCGAUGCUGAGGUCCAUCUAAUGGCAUAUAAUUCUGAUCUAUUCAACAACUACACUAUUGCUGAACGUGCACCCAGAGGGCUGACUAUCAUCAGUCUGUUUGUAAAGGCAACCAGAGACACAACUCACACAGAGAUUAGCAAAAUAACAAGUGUCCUCCACAACAUUCAAUUUAGAGGUAAUACGACUGUUAUAGAGGAGCUCUCGAUCCAAAACAUUCUUCCAGAAAACCUACAAUAUAUGACCUAUGAUGGAUCAGUAACACAACCUGGUUGCUAUGAGACGGUCACGUGGAUACUUCUCAACAGGCCAGUUUUCAUGGGGAAACAUCAGUUGAACGCACUGCGGACACUGAGAAGGGAUACCCCCGAGAACCCACAGGCAUUCAUGUUUGACAAUAUCCGACCUACCCAGUCCCUACACAGGCGAACAGUCAGGACCAAUAUCGAUACGAACAUUAAGUGUCCUAUCAGAAGAGAAAUAAGAUACAAAGUGAAUAAGAGUGUUAUAAAACAUUGAAACGAUGAGAGCUAACACCUAAUUCUACCUCAAUCACCAAGAUCAUCCAGCUGUACAUUACCAGUUUUCCCAGGUGGCUCCCAUUUUUGUCUUUCUGCCAGUUGCCAAAUAUUGUAUCACUAUAUAUCCACCACCGGUGACCUUGUGUUUUCAUCGAUCCAUCGUUCAAUUCAGAGUCAAUUUGGUGCUAUUUUUAUAAUAUUUUCUAACGUCUUUCGUUUAUCCUUUGUCAGUUUAUAUAUGUAUGUAUAUAGAUAUAUAUGUGUAGUGCCAGAAUAAAAAAGAGAAGUAUUCUACGC